CUGGUAUUUAGCAUUGAAAAUAGUUGGUGAUGGCGCUUCCGGGAGGCACCGCGGCAGAUGGAGGGGCGGGAUGUGUGCUCCGUACGGAGUGCGAGGCACGGAGUAUUCGCAAUGCUCGCCAGGGAGGGCUAGUUCAUGAGCAAAUCGACUAGGGCAGCCGCGGGCUGAGAAAAUGGCUCUGGUGAUCUGUAUCCUUGCCUGCACUCGCUACUCCGUACGGAGUGCUAGGCACCGUAUUGAUGCUCUUCGGUACGGAGUAGGUACUCUACUGACCCUAGCAUUAACUUACAGUAACAUGGAGGAGGAAAGGAAGUGCCAGUGGGAAGCGAAAGCGGAUCAACUAGGGAGAAUGCUGGCGGUUUUCGGUUCUCGCUGCUCAGGCAUCAACACUCGAGCUCGGUACUUGUGGGCUCCUUACCGUAGCAUGUACAAUUACACAUGCUCCUAUAUUAGUGGCAAUAGUUCCAGGCCAGAGCCGCGCGGGUUGAUCAUACUCCAGGGCAUGUGUAAUUACUCUUUGGUCGUUGUUCAAAGGGUGACGCUCUGUCCGUGGGGGAGCCAUCUGCUGUUCGCGUGCAGAGUGGACGUCGGAAGGGCCGCUGUGACAUUGCCGAUAAAAGCGGCUUGCUUUGUUCACCGCAGAUCGUCGAGUGCUUCAUCAAGCUCGUCUCGUGUCCUGGAGAUGUUUGGCUGCGAUCAAGCGUGCGCCUCUUGGUGUUCUGGUCCAGUAGCAGUUCGUAUAUAGCGACUAAUAGAGGUGUGGUGGACCUGAGACACAGAGGACAUGGGGCAUAGCAAGCAAACGGCGGCGCACCAUGAUUCAAUCUCUCAAGCGGCUCGGAUGACAGUGCAGC